UCUGAGUUGACGUGAGUCGAUCCACAUGGUGUGGGGCUGGAGAAUAAAGAGUGUGGAGUUGAACUCGUGCCAUUGUAGUGACUCAUCUCGGGCAGAGCGCAGGGGCUCAGAGCAAGACAGCGAGCAGCGCACGGCAGGGACAGAGAGAGCGAGCGAGCGAGCGAGAGAAAGAGGGGGAGAGAGAGAGAGGGAGGGCGAAGCGAGGAGAGACGCGCGAGGCCGGCCAGUCCCGGAGCGGACACGGGGUGCAGGUCACUGCGGCGCGGAGCCACGUCCCUCUCAGCAUCGCUCAGCCUGGAACCCCACGGGCACUGUCCCGCCGGCGCGAUCAGGGCUGCUGGACCGGCGCUCGCUGCCUUGUCCUAAGUCAAGUGUCCGUGUCGCCGGGAAACUCAGGCGGCGAGUUGGCCACAGGAAGUUUAUUCUCGGGCUCCUUUUCUAAAAGGAGGAAACAGAAGUUUCUCCCAACCGGCAGCUUUUCUUUUUCUCCUUUUUGGCGCUCUGUGAGAUUGGGAAGAGAGUCCCUCAGAGCUGCCAAGCGACACCCUCUGGGCUCCUAGUCUUUUUGCGUUGCCCAUUUUUCUCCAGCCCGUGGGUCCCGGCGGAGCUCCGGCUGCGCGCGGGGGCGGAAGGGCGCGCGCAGGGGAGGGACUGAGGGACGCGCCGACUUUUUAGAGGGAGGGACCCGGUGGACAACCGGUUCCGCGGAGCUUGCAGAGCAGAAACGAAGUGCGGUGCGCGGUGAUCGGGGGAUCACUUCCCGAGUGUCGCCGCCUCCCUGUCUGCCUCGGUUGGGGGACAGCCCCGGAGCGAAGAGCCCAGUCCGCCGCGGGGCCAGUGGACCAGCGAGCGCGCAGCAGACUGUGCGCGGCCGCGGCGAGGGCGGGGAAGAAAACCACCCUGUUUCCUCUCCGGCCCCCACCGCGGAUCAUGUACCAGGAUUAUCCCGGGAACUUUGACACCUCGUCCCGGGGCAGCAGCGGCUCUCCUGCGCACGCGGAGUCCUACUCCAGUGGUGGCGGCGGUCAGCAGAAGUUCCGGGUAGAUAUGCCUGGCUCGGGCAGCGCCUUCAUCCCUACCAUCAACACCAUCACCACCAGCCAGGACCUGCAGUGGAUGGUCCAGCCCACAGUGAUUACCUCCAUGUCCAACCCUUAUCCACGCUCACACCCCUACAGCCCGCUGCCAGGCCUGGCUUCAGUACCUGGGCACAUGGCUCUCCCCAGACCCGGCGUGAUCAAGACCAUCGGUACCACCGUGGGCCGCAGAAGGAGAGAUGAGCAGCUGUCUCCUGAAGAAGAGGAGAAGCGUCGAAUUCGGCGGGAGAGGAACAAGCUGGCUGCAGCCAAGUGUCGGAACCGUCGCCGGGAGCUGACAGAGAAGCUGCAAGCGGAGACAGAGGAGCUGGAGGAAGAGAAAUCUGGUCUGCAGAAAGAGAUUGCUGAGCUACAGAAGGAGAAGGAAAAGCUGGAGUUCAUGUUGGUGGCCCACGGCCCCGUGUGCAAAAUCAGCCCCGAGGAGCGCCGGUCGCCCCCGACCUCCGGGCUGCAGCCCAUGCGUGGUGCGGGCGCCGUGGUGGUGAAGCAGGAGCCGCUGGAAGAGGACAGCCCCUCUUCCUCAGUGGUAGGGAUGGACAAGACCCAGCGCUCUGUCAUCAAGCCCAUCAGCAUUGCUGGGGGUGGUUUCUAUGGGGAAGAGCCUCUGCACACCCCCAUCGUGGUGACCUCCACACCUGCCAUCACUCCAGGCACUUCAAACCUUGUCUUCACCUACCCCAGUGUCCUGGAACAGGAGUCUCCCGCGUCGCCCUCGGAGUCCUGCUCCAAGGCUCACCGCAGAAGCAGCAGCAGUGGGGACCAGUCUUCAGACUCCUUGAACUCCCCCACACUGCUGGCCCUGUAACCCCCUGCUCCUCUGGCCAGCUCUGGAGGAGUCAUCAUCAUUGUCACCUUUCCCCGGGACCAGUACCUUUAAGCGCUCCAGGGUCAUGAGGGCAAGAGGGGGACCUUGGCUCUGGGGACCCAAUGGGACUUAGUGGUGAGGCACUGGUUGAUCUCUUAGAAGCCCCGGGACCCUCCCCCUUCCCCCAUUCAUCUUGCAAGCAAAUCCUCUUUCUUGAGAAGCCGAGGAGAACUUGGUUUGGUGGACUCCGACACCUCUCCUGCUUCUGAAGCACCUAGAGCUUGCCCGGAUGGUUCCUGUCCCUCUGUUAUGCUGUUGUCUCUGGAGUGCUGGUGUCCUUUCCUGCCCCACCAAGCAUGCUCAGUGCCUUUCGUUUUGGCGGGCCCCCCCCCCCCCCCCAGGUCCAUUCCCUCUGGGUUUUUAUGAGAUUUGCCAUGACAUUUCAUCUGGGUGGUCUGGAUAUUAAAGCGCUUUUAUUUCCGGA